AUGCCAGCUGUUGAUGCAGGCCGCUGGCUGCUGCUGCAACACCAGCUACUGUUAGUGCAGCCCGCCAGGUGCAGCCCGUCAGGUGAAGCCGCCAAGUGCUGCUGCAGGACGACAGGUGGUGCUGGUGCUGCCGCAACAGCUGAGUGCAGUCCGAUGAGCACUGGCGCAGAUCCGCCAGGAGGUGCUGGUGCCGUGCGUGUGAACCAGCUUCCGCUACUGCAGGCCACCACUGCUGCUGGCCAAGUGAUGCUGCAGGAGCUGCUGCCGCCAUGCGCCACCAUCCGUCGCCAAGUACCAGGAGCAGGAGGCCGCCACCGAUGCAGCAGCGGACUCGCGCCAGGUCGUCAGCGACUGCUGACGUGCGGCUGGUCGCCGAAUGAGGGCAGCGAUGUCAUGAGCAAGGAGGAGCACAGGGGGAGCGCGCAUGCUGCUGCAGCCGUACGCCAGCCACUGCAGCCGGUCGUCACGGGCGCUGAUGCAGCAGUGCGCGUCAUGCUGCUACAGGGUCGCGUUCAGUAG